UUCAAUAAUUAUUUACGGACAAAACUAAAAAUAUUACGAUGAAACACAUAUUUUAUAAAAGCUCGCCUGAUUUCAUCUUGCGGAUAUCUGAAACGGAGCAAUUUUUACGGAGACAGGUGGUGUCGUAUCAAGAUUUUAAAUGAUAUUAUUAUGUCUCGUGCUGUAAUUUUUUCGAUUAGUCCGUCACUAUUAUAGUAUCCGGACAUUUAUCGACUUAUCGUAAGUCCAAGUUGAUCCCGCGCGAAAUUUUGAAUAAAACAGUGUUGCUAACUCAAUUUUACCAAAAUGUGAGCAAAGUGGCAUCGCACUGUUGCUUCAUAAUAUCAGUUUUCACAAUGAUUCGGCAAUAUUCCUCUGUCCGUGAUAAGGAGACGACGCCGCCGCUCGAGUUGUAGUCGAGUCUCGAUUUAUUUCAUACAUUUGACAACGGUCGACGACGACGUCGCCGGCGUGCCGAUCUCCCGGCUUAUUCUUUUGAUUUUUUUUUUUCAAUUGUUUGCCGGACAAACAUUGAGUGAUUUUUGUUAUUUUUCAACGGUUAACGAUCACCGUUAUAACUAUGUGCCGAGUGCUCUCCGACGUAUUGUUUUGAGUUUUUUUUUUAAAACGUUUUCCCGACAAAAUUCGUUUGCAUAUUAAGUCGGUGUUGUAAUACCGACAUGUCCGACCAAAGGAGGAGGUGCAUCAAUGAUAAUUGCACGUCGAAACCAAAAAGUAAGCUGCACCCCGCCAACAAAUCUAUGUGCAACUAUUAUAAUGUCCCGCACACGCCAUAUAGACGCGUGUGUGGGGCCUGUUUGCAGAAAUCUAUCAUAUAUUUUGAUAGGAUCGGCAGGCGGUUUAAAAACGGAAAAUGUAUACUCGACGACCAAUAUCCGAUAAAACUAACCAGUAUAAUUGAUUUAUCAGACUCUGAUGACGGCAAUGCCGCCAACAACGAUGCAGAGCCAUCAACAGAAAACCUCAACGACCCGCAGAUAGCUAAAUUGAGAACAUUAAUAAACACAACCUUGAAGGAUACUGUUGGGCAAUUAUACAAAAAACAAGAAGAAUUAUGCCAAAGCUAUUUGAUGUCUGAAAAAGCCAAAAUAGAGGCUGAAAAUGAAAAAUUAAACAAUUUAACACAGCAGGUAGAUCUGGCAAUCGGACAACUAUACAACAACUUAUACAAGUUUGAUAGUCAAAGGAGGUUUGAGUAUGACAAAGAGAUAAGUAUUGUUGAAGACUUGAAUAACACUGAUGAAGACACUGUAUUAUCUAUGACGUUACCUAGAUUGCUGGAUGAUAUACCCAAAGAAUGCAAACCAAUAAGACAUUUAUUAAAAUUGGGAGACAGAGUGUAUGGGAUGAAACAUUCACAAAUGCGGCCGUGGUUUGAGGCAACUAUUACAUGUGAAUUUAUUGACAAAAUAUAUUGUGUUAAAUUUGACGAUGAAACAGAAAAAGUUUUGAAUUAUAAAAAUUUAGCAUACAUAGAUGCUGCAAGCCAAGCACAGUAUCCAGUAGGCAGUAGAGUGAUUGCCAAAUUCCAAGAUGUAGACAUUAAAUUGACGGAUAAAUUCUAUGUAGGAAUAAUUGCAGAACCACCAAAAUUACUCAACAAUUUCAGGUACAUGAUAUUCUUUGAUGAUGGAUAUGUACAGUAUGUAUGCCAUAAGAAUAUUCGCCUCAUGUGUGGUGAGUCACCAGAUGUAAGCGACGAUGUACAUGAAAAUAUUCGAGAAUUUAUAAAGGAGUAUUUACAAAAAUAUCCAGAACGGCUUAUGGUGAAGUUUAAGAAAAAACAAGUAGUACGCGUAGAGUUAAACAACGUUUGGCGUCUAGCCAAAGUGAAAAACUUAGAUGCAUCGUUAGUACAGUUAAAAUUUCUUGAUAUCAAGUUCGAACGCACAGAAUGGAUAUAUCGAGGUUCAAACAGGUUAGGCCCAAUACAAGAUAAAUUAUGUAGUAACAAUCAAGAUAAGCGUGUACGUGGUACGGUGUUGACUGAUGUUAAUAGGUUAUUAAAUCGACCAUAUAUUGAAAUAGAUAACAUGACUGAAAAUGAAAAAAGUGUUGACAUUGACAACAGUGACAAUACUCAAAAUCCUCAAGAAAAUAAUGGUGUAAUUAAAUUAAUUCAAAUACCAGCAAAUUGUCCAAAACCGCAUCCUUACAAGCACCAUGAGUGUUCUCAUUUUUGUAUGUUAUGGGUUCACUAUGACUACAGUCAAACAAAAUAUAUGAAUGUUUUAAACAUCCCAUUACACUAUGGAUUUAUGAGGUCUGUAUUAACAGACGAAAAGUUAAAAUUAAAAAAAGUAAUAUAUACCACGCCUUGCGGGCGUAAUAUAGAUAAUGAAAACGAAAUGUACAAUUACUUGAAACUGACAAGUUAUAAUAACAACCAAAUGCCAAUGGACCUAUUUAAUUUUGAUUGUUUGGUGAAUCCGCUAUCUUUGUUGAGCGUACCAGAAGUGUUUAUUCGUGUACAAGACAUAUCUUAUGAGAUGGAGUUUAAACCAAUUAGCGUUUUUAACAGUUUGAAUGAUUUAGUGCCAGACCACAUAAAGUAUAUAACAGAACGUAAAAUUGGCCCUGGCGUUAAUUUGAAUAUAGACUCCAAAUUUUUAUGUGGAUGCGAUUGUAUUGAUGAUUGCGAAGACAAAAAUAAAUGUUCUUGUUGGCAACUUACUUAUAUGGGUCCAAAAACUUAUCCCGCUAUUUUCAAAGACCAUGACGACAUUGGCUACAGUUUCAAACGGCUACACAAACAAGUAAUCACGGGUAUUUUUGAAUGUAAUGCCAGUUGUAAAUGUAAGAAAACUUGUUUAAAUCGUGUUGUUCAGGAACCACUGAAGACGUCACUGCAACUGUUUUUAACUGAAAAAAAAGGCUGGGGGGUGAGAACGCUCGCUGAUAUUCCCAAAGGUAGUUUUGUUUGUACAUAUCUUGGGGUGGUUCGCACAGAGAAAGAUGCUGAUAGUGAUUUUCCGUUAAACUGGGGCGAAUAUCUGGCAGAUUUGGAUUUUCUCGAGAAAGUUGAAGGGAUCAAAGAUGGAUAUGAAAGUUAUGUGGUCCAGUCUGAAGAUGAAAGUGAAGAUCAUACUAGUUCAUCUGAUGACGAAGAGUUUAAUCCUAGUUGGGCAAUCAAGAAUAAAAUGAAUAUAAUUGAAUCUAGAAUGUUGCUAAGGAAGAAUUUACAAGAUACAAAUACAAAAAUUGAUGGAAAACAUAAACUGUCUAAGUUAAAUACUCAACAAAAGGAUGUAAGUAAAAACACAUCUUUGCUAAGGUACCUAGAUAGAGACUGUGGCAUCUACACGUUGGAUGCUAAGGUUAGUGGGAACAUAGGUCGCUAUUUUAAUCAUUCUUGUGACCCAAACAUAUUUAUACAAAAUGUUUUUAUCGAUACACAUGACCUUAGAUUUCCAUGGGUAUCAUACUUUGCACUAUCAAAUAUUCCAGCAGGAACCGAACUAUCAUGGGAUUAUAAUUAUAUGAUUGGCAGCGUGAAAAACAAAAGACUUAUGUGCCACUGUGAGUCAAAAAAUUGCAAGGGCAGACUAUUAUAAUUUGUAUUUAUAAUCAAUACUUUUGUAAUUAUUAAUUAAUUGUUUUUUAAUUAUUUUUGCUUAGAGACAACCAAAUAUGUUGUACUUACAAUGAUUUACCUAUGUUUGUGAAUAAUAUUAUUGUGUAAAAAGAAUGAAAUAUUUUACUUUUAAUUUUUCCGAGUUCAAUAUGUUGAAGUCCAACAGAUCAGUAUAGUUUCAUCUUACAUACUAUUAUUUUCAAAUGUUAUUAGAAGACUUGUAAUAUAUUUUUUAGUUAAGUGUU